GACUGGCUGAGGACUCCCGGAGGAAGGCGAGGAGGAGCGGGACGGAGGCGAUGCCGCUGCCCUACGGCGCGCUGCUCCUCCUGGGCGUGCUGCUGAUGGGGGCCGGCGGGUUGGUGGCCCUGUGCGCGCCCCUGCCCAGCUUUUAUGCGCCCGUCAUGGGGCUCUCCCUGGGCAUGGGGGGCGUGGGCCUGCUGGUGAGCGGGCUGUGCAUGGCCAUGAAGAACCUGCAGGCGGCGGUGCCGGGACAUUUCCUACUGCACCCGCGCACGGGCACGCGUUUCAGCCCGCAGCAGUCGCUGGCCAUCCAAAGGAGGUUGGACCGAAUCCGUCGGGAGAUGUCGACAGACUCCGUCGGUGGCGCACCGGAGCGCGAAGCGGGUCCAGAAACGGCCCUGGAACCGGUGCUCCCGUCAACUCCGCCCCCCUGGACCAUGGAACCACCCCCGUCCUACGACGCAGUGAUGAAGAUCCAAGAAAACGGUGGCGGCGAGCAGCUCUGAUGUUUGGACUUUUAUCGCCGUGUGCGCAAGCCGUCUCACUUUUUAUCGCGGUGCCUUUUAAGUGGGGCCGAGGACUUUCUUCAAAAGGAAAAAAGCGUCAACUUGAUUGGCUUGCUUGAAUUACGUGACCAACUACUGUGGCCGCACGGCACUUCUUGGAUUUAACAAAGCAUUCCCUGAGCACUAAGUGCCUUCAUGUUGAGUCUCUUUUAACACGGAGACCCUGUAAAAAUUAGCACAUCAGAGUCAUAGCAAAAAAAAACAAACAGAAAAACAUCCAAAAUGAUUCACGUUUGCCUUUCAUGCAGGACCCUGCAAGAGGGGGAUGCUGCCCCAAUCAGAUCAUUAGAUGACAUCAGCGCCAAGAUAGGAGGGGCUAAAUUGAGGUGAGCGGUCUGUUCGACAAAAUGCUAUUCAUCUCGGAAUUACAAUAUUUUCCCGUGUAGUCUGAGUGAAAGUGGAAAGGAGGUGUUUAUUGGAGGCGAGGCAUCUGAAGAUUACGAAUCGAGGGAAUGGAAUGUUUUUUUGUGUAAGAUCUGAAACAACUGGAGGGUUGUAUUAGAGGUCAGGUGUUUAUUUGUUGAAGCAAACAAUGCACCAUUCCAUUUUUCGGAUUAUUAGACGGCAAGACUACUAUUUGUGAUGAGGCAUCGGCAAUCAAAUUAUUCAAUGGCCUCCACACCAUGAAAAAUAAGAGUCAGAGUCCAAUCGGAAUGCACUGACACUGCUUACGGGCGUAUUUUAAAUUGUACCCGGAGAUUGAUAUAAUACGUGUGAUGCUUUGACCAAUUUUAUCGCCGUGACGUCACCUCAAGGUAUUCGAUCAGAUGGCUCUCAUGUUAUCUCUCAUGUUACUGACGGCCGCUAGGGGGCAUUGUUUCACGGUAUCUGGAGAUUGCUCGAUUGACUGUUAUCCUCGAUUUGUUGUUGUUGUCGUCUUGGCUGUUUCGCACAAUUGCGUUCUAUAAAACCUUCGCCACACA